AGGACAAAUUAUAUUGUUACGCUGAAGAAAGUACGAAUGGAUAAAGAAAAGGAUGGGAUUCCGAUCAGUAGUUUGAGGAAAAUUAACCUUCUUCUGUGAAACAUCAUAGAGCUAAAAGAGAUGGUGGUGGGAAGCCAUUUGGAGAGUAUAUACUCAUCAGCCUCUUUUCUGGUGAUGAAUUAUUGUGAACAGGAUUUGGCCAGUCUGCUGGAGAACAUGCAGUUACCGUUCUCUUAAGCUCAGUUUAAGUGCAGAGUUCUGCAGCUGGUUAAAGGACUGGCAUAUUUACAUCACAACUUAAUUCUUCACAGGGAUUUGAAGGUUUCCAAUGUGCUGAUGACAGACCAGGGCUAUGUUAAAAUAGCUGACUUUGAUUUGGCACAUGUUUAUGGUAUCUCUGCACAGCCCAUGACUCCUCGGGAAGUGACACUGUGGUAUCGAGCUCCAGAGCUCCUCCUAUGGACCAAGACACAGACCGCUGCCCUGGACAUGUGGGCUGUUGGCUGCAUCUUUGCUUAACUUCUAGCUCAUAAACCUCUUUUGGCUAGAGCCUCAGAGAUCCAGCAGCUGGAUCUGAUCGUACAGCUGCUGGGAAAGCCGAAUGAAAACAUCUGGCCAGGCUUCUCGCGUCUGCCAUUGAUGGGGCAAUACAGUCUGAGGAAGGAGUCCUACAACAUAAAGAACAAGUUCACCUGGUUAUCAGAAUCCGGUCUGAGACUGCUCAACCUUCUGUUCAUGUACAGACACAGCGCAGGUAAAAUAAUUGACUCAUUUCAUUUUGCAUCCUGUGAACUGGAAUUUAUGCCCACAUUCCCUCACCACCAAAACAAACGUGCUGGUCCUGCCGCUGAAAGCCUGUCCCAACGAAGCAAACGCACUUCACCAUUGAGACUAUUCUGCUGCCACAGUAACCAAUAUCAUCACAUGUAUGUUUUCCUUAAACGUGAAGCCUACAGAUUGUAAAUAGACCUAAAAUAUGUGUCAAUGUUGCUUAUGCUGGCUGUAAUACACAUUUUUGUGCAAAGAUGAAGAUAAAACCUUUCUGUUGACAAAUCUUUCUGUUGGGAAUUUCCUGAAAACAUUCAAAGGUUAUUUCUUCACCACUCCACUGAAUGGAACUUCAUGAAUAAUAAUCCCCAAUCUGCCAUUGGUCAUAAAACAGACAGUCCCACCCCACAUUUUUUUUGCAUUAGGUUGAGCCAAUGUUGCUGGGUCGGCUGGAUAGGAGGCUCAAACAAACAAGAGGAAUGUGUUGAUAGCACUGCAGGGCUACUGUGUUUACACAU